CAACCGACCACUAUUUCAUAGCGUCAUGGAAGAACUCGCCUCACCUCACUCCACAUGAUUGUCAUCAGCACUCCACACCUCUGAAACAAUCCAGAACCCGCCCUGUCGUCUCAUUCCCAGCCCACAUCGAUCGAUCAAUGCCGCAAAUCUUCGAGUACUUCGUCGUGUGCGGAAUCGGCCCAGAAAUCCGGACCCUUGAUGGGAGCAGAGGCUACCAUGGCACUGACACCAUGUACUUGCCGGCUCUGUUGGAUCAAUACCCUCACUCCAACAAUUCUCUCUACCCUCCGCCUCCGCCCCAACUCUCCACAUGUGUUCUGCCCGCCGGCGUCCAAUUCCAUUCCUCGGGCUGUGAUUCAAAUGACCUCACAUCCUUCCCUCGCAGUUACCCCAUUGUGUUAACCGAAGGGGACGGCUCCAAGAUCUACGUCAGUUGCAUUGCGUUCCGGGAUCGCGUGUGCGAGGACAUCGCCGAGGCUUACCGCAUUCCCGCCGAUUCCUUUGCUGAUAAAUGCAUAUGCCUCGUCUCACGGUCGCCCAGUUUCCGCAUUCUACGUGAGGCAUUGGAGGAAAUAUACAUUCUUUGUUUUGCUACCUCGGGAAGCAGCAGGCCAUUGUGGGAAGUUAUAUCAUUCGUAAUUUCCAAGGUAUCUUUGCCUGCUCCUGGAAAGGAAAGGGUGCUGUUUGCUAUUGAGAACAGCCUGCUCGCCGUAGAGGUUCCAUCCAGGGAUAGCCUUCCCCAUGCUGAUAUAUCCUUCCAGCAUUUGGUCCAGUGUUUGGAUGUUGAUAAUCUCAUCAAACUAUUUACAGCUGUGUUGCUUGAAAGGAGGAUUUUGCUCCGCUCUGACAAAUACUCUCUUCUAACUCUUGUAUCAGAGGCCAUAUGCCAUUUAAUAUAUCCAUUUCGGUGGCAGCAUGUCUACAUUCCGUUACUAUUUUACAGUGGAGUUGACUAUAUUGAUGCUCCCACACCAUAUAUGAUGGGCCUUCAUUCUGGUGUUGACACUUUUGGGCUGAUGAUGGAUGGUGUAGUCGUGGUUGACCUUGAGCAUAAUCUCAUCACCACCUCAGAGGAAAUUCCAUCCGUACCUGAACCAGAGAACAGUGCUUUGCGUAGUGAUUUAUUGAAGUUAUUACAUCCAAAUGUUGUUAGCAUAGACUACAUGAAGGAUAGCUCCUUUGUUGAGCAGUGUCCUAAAGUUGGCGGCAAAAUGUGGGGAGAGGAUCAUGAUCUCUAUCUUAGGUUUAUAUUCCUAAAUUUCCUAGCAUCAAUUUUAGGUGGCUAUCGCAAUUUUAUGGAAAACACUGCAACCCAAGUCUUCAAUAGCCAGGCUUUUCUGAGGCAGCGUUCUCGUUCAACAAACCAGCCACCAGACCCAAUGAUAACCCAGUUUUUAGAGUCCCAAGGUUUCUUCGAUUAUUUGGAGAGAGGUCUUGGUUCUGAAGAAAAUGGCAAAAACCUUCUUGAUAAGUUACAAGAUGCUAUUGACAAGGGACAAAAUCCUACAUCAAUUCUCCCCUCAGUUUCUAUCGAGCCUGAGAUUGUAACUAUUCAUGAUCCUACUGUAGAGAUGUCAGAAUCAGGUGUUGAGUAUUCUUAUGACAGGUUCCCUUCAAAUAUUAGAACAGAAGAGCAAGAAGAGAAGAGGAAGCAGAUUCUAGCAGCAGCAAGUGGAGCUCUAGAGUAUUCUGCAAAGCUUGAGAAUUCACCUUCAAUACCUUCUGGGAGAGAUUCUUAUUAUGAAAGCCUAAGUGCAAUGGAGAGGGAUGCUGAAAGAGAACGCAUGGUUUUGGACAUUAAAGUGAAGUUGCAGGGAUUGUGGCUCAGGCUUUUGAAAUUGGAAACAACUGAGGAUCCUCUUUCUUCUUUUGAGUAUGGAACUAUUCUUGCUUUAAUUGAGUCUGAUGCUGAGGGGAUUGGUGGCAGUGGCUUUGUUGAAUGUAUAAGAGAGCAUAUUUAUACAGGAUGGAACUGUCAAUUAACGGAAGAGCAGUUUAUUGCAGUGAAAGAACUGCUCAAAACAGCCAUUAGUCGUGCUAUUGCCCGGAAUGAUAUGGCAACGAUAAGAGAUGCCCUUGAAGUGUCUGCUGAAAUGCACAAAAAGGACAUGAACAAUGUUUCCGAUUAUGUUCAGGGACACAUUCGUUUUCUUUCCAUCUGGGAGGAAUUACGCUUUUGGGAAGGGUACUUUGACGAUCUGAUUGACCGCUUUGCUAGCAAGUCAACCAACUAUGCAACAUUGGUGACAACACAACUAAUCAUAGUGGCAAUACAUAUGGCUGGUUUGGGGCUUCCAGACAGCGAUGCAUGGUACAUGAUUGAAACAAUAGCGGGAAAAAACAACAUUGGGUAUAAACACGUUAUAAAUCUGAGGGGAUUCCUAUCGCACACCAGACAGACUUGUAUCGGGUAUUGGGGAAUUUAUGUUGCUAAAUCUCAUUCUGUAUCUUCAUAUGGGUUGCCUCCUCCAAGUCCAAAAGACACUACCAAUAACACUCAGGAAUCGUCAGAGGAAUCUGGCGUUGGAAGGAGCUGGGUACAGAGCAUGUUUAGUCGUAGAGCCGGCUCUUUUAGUCGUGUUGGUGCAAAAGAGAUUGGAUCUCCACGCAAGCAAGAUGUGUCAGCAAUUGCACAGAAAAAAGUGCAAACCACUAUCCGUGUGCUAAGAGGUCAUAGUGGAGCAGUCACUGCUUUGCAUUGUGUGACCAAAAGAGAAGUGUGGGAUCUUGUUGGCGACCGUGAUGAUUCAGGAUUUUUUAUCAGUGGAAGCACAGACUGCACGGUGAAGAUAUGGGAUCCCAGCCUUCGUGGUUCUGAACUCAGGGCAACUUUAAAUGGUCAUUCUAGAACUGUGAGAGCAAUAAACUCUGACAGAGGGAAAGUGGUAUCAGGAUCAGAUGACCAUUUUCUUCUUGUGUGGGAUAAGAGGACAACACAACUUUUAGAAGAAUUGAAGGGCCAUGAUGCUCAGGUCAGCAUUGUACGCAUACUCUCAGGUGAGCGUGUCCUCACAGCUUCACAUGAUGGAACUGUGAAGAUGUGGGAUGUGAGAACCGACGCCUGUGUAGCUACCGUCGGUCGUUGUUCAAGUGCAAUUCUCUGUAUGGAGUACGACGACUCUACGGGGAUAUUAGCUGCUGGAGGAAGAGAUGUGGUUGCAAACAUUUGGGAUAUUCGAGCUGGAAAGGAGAUGCACAAGCUCGUAGGGCAUUCGAAAUGGAUCAGGUCGAUAAGAAUGGUCGGCGACACUGUAAUAACAGGUAGUGAUGAUUGGACUGCUCGAAUGUGGUCUGUUUCUCAAGGGACAUGUGAUGCUGUUCUUGCUUGCCAUGAUGGUCCAGUUUCAUGCGUGGAGUACUCUAUGGCAGAUAGAGGAAUUAUUACAGGGUCAAGUGAUGGACUUCUUAGGUUUUGGGAAUAUGACGACGGUGCUAUAAGAUGUAUCAAGAAUGUUACUAUCCAUAAUGCUGCCAUAUUGUGUAUAAACGCUGGGGAAUACUGGCUAGGAACCGGGGCAGCUGAUAACUCCAUGUCCCUCUUCCAUCGGUCUCAAGAAAGACUUGGUGGCCACUCCACCACAGCUUUGAAGAUGUCUGGUUGGCAACUUUAUCGAACUCCUCAGAAAGCAGUUGCAACGGUGAGAUGCGCAGCUUCCGACCUUGAAAGGAAGAGGAUCUGUGCUGGAGGACGCAACGGGUUGCUUAGGUUGUGGGAUGCAACUCUUACCAAAUAAACUGCUCAUGUACAAUUUUGAGGACUUGGACUACAACCACUCACAUGCUGGCGCUGUCGAUACAAACAUAUUUGUAAUAAGGCUUCUGAUGUCCACUCACAGCCUUGCCAAGCAAUAAUCUGAAACGCUGUGAAAUUUUGACCUCUAUCACUCUUCCAGUGAAGCAGUGUAGUACAGUGUGGGUGAAGUCAUAAUUUUGUCUCAAUCUGUUUAGGGUUGUCAAAUAUACAGCAGCCCAAAUGAUCAUGGAAAUAUUGGAAUACAUCUUUGGUACAGUUCAUGUUAUCCUUCA